UCAGACCCAUCCCUACCGCACAAACGCAAACGAACGACAUCGUGAAUCUAACCUAUUUAAUCGGCACGUGUAUUAUAUUGAUGCGAUAAAUGUGUAUUUAAUAGUAAUUAUUCUAUUUUCAUAUCAAAUUUUGUGUUAUUUGAACAUUCGCAACAAUGACGGAGGUAUUGCAACCGGGUACCGAAGUGUUUUCUGAGAAAAAGAAGAAGAAAAGCAAGGAGCAAGUGACGCUGGGCGCAUUUCAAAAGCUUGGAGACUUUAAAAUCGAACCUUCGGAAUGUGUUAGCAAAUUAGACACGGCAUACUGGCCUCUGUUACUGAAGAAUUUCGAUAGACUUAACGUACGUACCAACCAUUAUACACCGUUGCCUUACGGUCAUUCUCCCUUGAAGCGCCCUAUUGCCGAUUAUGUUAAGUCUGGGUUUAUUAACGUGGAUAAACCGAGUAACCCGAGUUCUCAUGAAGUUGUAUCAUGGAUUAAACGCAUCCUCAAAGUUGAAAAGACCGGACACAGCGGCACACUCGAUCCUAAAGUGACUGGUUGCUUGAUUGUAUGCGUAGAUAGAGCCACGAGGUUGGUUAAAUCCCAGCAGAACGCUGGUAAAGAGUACGUAGCCGUGUUCAGCCUACAUUCCGCUGUGGAAAGCAUAAAAAAAGUAACACAAGGCCUUGAGAAACUCCGUGGAGCGUUAUUCCAACGUCCUCCACUGAUAUCUGCAGUCAAAAGACAACUUCGUGUCAGAUCUGUGUAUGACAGUAAACUUCUAGACUUUGAUGAGGAGAAGAACAUUGGUGUAUUCUGGGUUAGUUGUGAGGCUGGCUCUUAUAUCCGUACAAUGUGUGUGCAUUUAGGUUUGAUGCUUGGUGUUGGUGGACAGAUGAUUGAACUACGUAGAGUACGCUCCGGUAUUCAAGGGGAGAAAGAAGGUAUGGUGACGAUGCAUGAUAUCUUAGACGCACAAUGGGCAUAUGAGAACCAUAAAGACGAAACUUAUCUCCGUCGAGUUAUUAAACCUCUGGAAGGUUUGUUAGUCGCACAUAAGAGAAUAUUCAUCAAAGACAGUGCGGUUAACGCUGUAUGUUAUGGUGCUAAAGUCCUUCUACCAGGUGUUCUGAGAUACGAAGACGGUAUAGAAAUAGAUCAAGAAAUAGUUAUAGUAACGACCAAAGGUGAAGCAGUGGCGCUAGCUGUUGCACUGAUGACAACAGCGACUAUGGCUUCCUGUGACCAUGGCGUAGUAGCUAAAUUGAAACGAGUAAUCAUGGAAAGAGAUACAUAUCCGAGAAAAUGGGGUCUCGGACCAAAAGCCUCGCAGAAGAAACAGUUAAUCCAGCUUGGUAAACUUGACAAAUAUGGCAAACCGAAUGAGAACACACCAUCAGAAUGGCUGAACAGUUAUGUAGACUUUAAAGGGAAGAAAGCAGCGGAGAAGGAAGAAAAUGGUGAAGAGAUGGAUGUGGAUAGUAGAAAACGUACAGCAAGUACAGCGAAUGCUGAUGAUCUUGAUAAUUCAGUAGAUGCAAAGGCUGAAAAAAAGAAGAAAAAGAAAAAACGUGAUCAAGAAGAAAAUGAAGGCGAUGUGACAGUUGAGGGAGCGACAGAAGAACAAACUGCAGAUGAUUCUGUACGUAAAGAGAAGAAAAAGAAAAAAAAGAAGGACAAAGACAAUGAAAAACAAGAAGAAUAAAAGUUAUGGACAAUUUUUGAAUUUAGAAUGUUAAAG